AUGGUUUCAAAUCGGGUCGUGGCCAUCCUCGAGGGCUUCAAUCAACAGAAGCCCGCUUCGCGGACCCUGGCAGUCUCAAUUGACCUGUCACGAGCCUUCGACUGUAACCGCCACGAUCGUUUCCUUUUCCGCGGCACCCUCUCUAAGCCCUGUAAGCAGACCUGCAACGUUCCUCAAGACUCUGUGCUCAGUCUGACCCUGUUAAACAUUUACAUGCGAGACCUCCCACUCCCUCCGGCACCUGCGAAAGUGGUAUCAUACGCGGAUGAUUUCACCUUCUUCUGCCAGCACCAUCACAUUGAUCAGGCUGCGCAGAUUAUCUCGGAGUCCAUGCCUAACGUCGUGAACUUCUUCAUUCAGUGCGGAUUGAGGAUCUGGGCAGCCAAGUCUUCGGUCACCGUUUUCACACUGGAUCCGAAGGAGUUCAAUCGCCACCUGGCCAUCACUGUCAACGAUGCUUCAUUCGAAUACUUCAAAUUCCUCAUCUUCGGUGUCCGAGUUGAACAGUUGGGCCAUUACGGUAUCCAUCAUGCCCGGAUCCCUCUUGUCGUUAUCCUAGCCAGUGUCCUUGCUGUUACCUAA